AUGACGACUUUAUCAUUUCUACGACGACAGCAGCAAAAUCGACUUCCAAAUGAAAUUCUGAUUCUGAUCUUGGAGAAAUGUGCCAAUGAUUUUGGUCUAAUUGAUGUUUGGCGUUGGCGACGUGUUUCAAAAUACAUGAAAUCUAUUUGUGAAAAUCUAGUGUUGAAAGUUAUUCGACAUGAUUUCAAAUGGUGGAUUACUGUUACGCCAAUCUCGAACCCCAUUGAAUCCCUAGACGAACUGGCAGUUGUUGAUCUCAACAAAUUCGAUAUCUCAUUUGUCACCACAAAUAGUAAUGAUAUUAUAUGUACCAAAUUCAUCUUUCAGCCUUCAAAUGGUGAAUUCAAAAUUAGCUCAACAGAGACUACGUUCGCGUUGGAUCUUUCUAAUCGUCGAUUUAACGGCUGUACUUAUCGAUACGAAAAUUUAUGA